GAACGAGUGCCAGAAACAGCGUGUGUGUGUACUUGCAUGCAUGCAUGCGGUGUAUGUGUGUGUGAGUGUGUGUGUGGUGAAUUCGCAAGUGACGCGAUUGCGCAUCUCACCACCUCGGACCCUUACCAGAAGUUUGCUUUCAACGCGCGCGAGAAAUGAACUGAUUAUUACCGGAGGAGCGAAUCACCGAUUACUACAGAAAUAAAAAAUAAAAAAAACGGGGGAAAGAAACAAUUAUUUGUGUCUGAGAACAGGAACUUUUACCAGAAAGAUGUUGGAGAUCUUUUUAGUGAUGCUCUGUGGACUGACGAGCCGUGGAAUGACCAAAGAUGCAGACAAUAAAGGAAGGUUCAGCUCUCCAGUAUUGGAUGUAACUGAACGGCAGAUCACCCUAGAGAAGAACCAGAUGGUCCAGCUGAACUGCAGGGGACGAUGGGAGCUGGAGUGGGUGCUCCCCUCGGGUGUGAGCAAGAACCAAGUGAGUGCUCAAGUAGAAGAGACUCGUUGUGGCAAGCGUGCAAACCACUACUGCAGCCGCCUUACCCUCAGUCCUGCCUUAGCCCAGCAUACAGGAUCCUACCGUUGCCGCUAUUUGCACAAGCAGCGCAAACACACCUCUGUCUACGUCUUCAUCGCAGAUAGCCAGCAGCCAUUUGUAAAGGUGCAGAAAGAGAUCCCAGACGUGGUCUAUAUGAAGGAAGGAGAAGACUUAGUGUUCCCCUGCAGGGUCACUAACCCAGACUCCAAAGUUUCCUUGGUCAAAUUUCCUGACCGAAGACUUGGCACUGAUCAGAGGAACAUCAUUUGGAAUAACAGAAAGGGCUUUGUUAUCCGAACCCCCACAUACUUCUACAUUGGUCUCUUUUCCUGUGAAACCAUCAUCAAUGGGACAAAAUUCACCAACAAGUUCUUGACUUACAGACCCGUGAAUAAGAUCCAACAGGUAUAUCUAAACAGCACAGGCUUGGUCCAAGCUCUGCAAGGAGAGAGACUGGCCUUAAACUGCACUGUUACAGCUGAGUGGAACUCAAGAGUGAAAAUCAACUGGAGUUACCCUGGAAAGGGUAAUAGUUCGGUCUCAAUCAGUCGGCGUAUAACACAGAGCAAGACCAAUGUUGUGUUCUACAGCAUUCUCACUGUCCACAAACUGCACAAGGCUGAUAAAGGACUCUACACUUGCCAUGUGACAAGUGGACCAGCAAAGCGGGAAGUCAACACCUCAGUCAUAGUUUAUGAUCAGCCCUUCAUCACAUUAAAGCAUAAAGAUGGAUCACUGGUAUAUGCACAUGCAGGGCAGAAAUCCUUUCGCCUGUUCCCCAAAUUACGGGCUUUCCCUGAACCUGAAAUUGUCUGGCUGAAGGAUGGGAUGGUGGCAGAUGAGCAGUGUUCACGAUACCAUGUAGAUGGCUAUUCUCUGGUGAUUCGAGAUGUUGCAGAGGAGGAUGCUGGGGUCUAUACCAUCCUCACUCGUAUCCAGCAGUUUGGUCUUUAUCGGAACCUCACACUCUCACUUGUGGUGAACGUUAAACCUCAGAUUGGUGAGAAAGCUGUAGCAGUGCGUGAUACAGCAACUAUGCCACGGUUCAGCAGGCAAGCCUUCCGCUGCACUGCUCAUGGAGUCCCAAGACCUCAAAUCCAAUGGCUCUGGCAUCGCUGCCCUUCUAAAGGCCUAUGCAAGGAGCCGGCUUCCUCCUCCUCCUGGACUGCAGUGAGAGAGCAGACAGCAGUCACGUCCACCCACAAUCCUGUUCUGAGUGUCACACACAUGCGGGAAGUGUUGCAGGGGAGGAAUAAGACUGUAGGUAUUUUAACAAUUGGCAAGGCAUUAAUAUCUGGCGUCUAUCGCUGCGUGGCUUCCAACUCAAUGGGCACAGAUGAACUGGACAUCCGCUUCUAUGUAACAGAUGUCCAGGGAGGAUUCAGCAUCUCUGGGGAGUCAGAGGAGGGUCCAAGAGAGGGCAGAGACUAUCACCUGUCCUGUAUAGCCAAUAAACACCUGUACUCUAACAUGUCCUGGCACAGAGUGACCGGCAGCUCAGCAAGCAUGGUGGAGGGUCCACCACUGGUUGGAAAGCUGACAGAGGGAGAAUACUCGCUCACUUUACGCUUGACCUUGACAAAUCUGACAGCGCAAGACUCUGGGACGUACCGCUGCUCUGCCACACACAUGGUCACGGGGCAGCCCUCGCACCAGGAGGCACUUGUAACAGUUGCAGUUCUGGAGGCUCCAGCGCUGCUGCAGAACCUCAGCGAUUGCAGUGUGAACAUCAGCAACUCGGUGACUCUUCAGUGCCCUGCCACUGGAGUGCCGCGACCUCUCAUCACGUGGUACAAGGACCAGAGGAAGCUGAAGCAAGUGUCUGGCAUCAUUUUGUCACCAGAAGAUGGCACUCUCCACAUUGACCGCAUCACUGCUGAAGAUGAGGGCUUGUAUACAUGUGAGGCUGCCAACGAGAGAGGAUCUGUGGGGAGCUCAGCUUACAUUUCAGUCGAAAAUUCAGAGUCUUUUUCUCUGGAGAUUCCCACAUUAGCCUGCACGUGUGUAGUGGCCACUCUCUUCUGGCUUCUCCUAACACUUCUCAUUCGCAAGCUCAGACAGCCAAACUCAACCAAUAGUAAGACAGAAUACCUGCCAAUCAUCCUGCACCAGGGGGAGGGGCCUUUUGGUGAACACUGCGAAAGGCUACAGUAUGAGGCCGAAAAGUGGGAGUUCCCACAGGAGCGUCUUCAGCUCGAAAAGCCACUGGGAAGAGGGGCAUUUGGCAAAGUGAUGCAGGCAUCUGCCUUUGGCAUCAGCAACUCAACUGGCUGCACCACAGUGGCUGUCAAAAUGCUCAAAGAGGGAGCAACAGCAAGUGAGCACAAGGCUCUGAUGACCGAGCUGAAAAUACUCAACCAUAUCGGACAUCACCUCAACGUCGUUAAUCUCCUCGGUGCCUGCACCAGGCCAGGAGGGCCACUUAUGGUCAUAGUGGAAUACUGCAAGUACGGCAACUUGUCCUCGUACCUAAGGAGCAAGAGGGAUGUGUUCAUGCUGAACAGGGUGAAAGGAGAAGAGGACAGUAGACAGCAGGAUGAGUGUAAGAGCUGUGUGGAAAGCCAAAACUGUCAGAAAGUCACCUCUGAAUUAGAGGGCGAGGGAAAAGAGGAGAAUGAGAACGAUGGUUUGAUCUCAUGGUCAAACACUCCUCUGCACCUAGAGGACCUGAUCUCAUACAGCUUCCAGGUGGCCAGAGGCAUGGAGUUCCUCACCUCACGCAAGUGUAUACACCGAGACCUCGCUGCACGAAACAUUCUGCUUUCUGAAAACAACGUGGUGAAGAUCUGUGACUUUGGCCUGGCCCGAGACGUUUACAAAGAUCCCGAUUACGUCCGUAAAGGAGAUGCUCGCUUACCCCUGAAAUGGAUGGCUCCAGAAUCAAUCUUCGACAAGGUCUUCACCUCUCAGAGUGACGUGUGGUCUUACGGUGUUUUGCUCUGGGAAAUCUUCUCACUUGGGGCAUCCCCAUAUCCAGGACUCAACAUUGACGAGGAGUUUUGUCACAGACUGAAACAAGGAACUCGAAUGCGUGCCCCAGAAUACAGCACUCCUGAUAUCUACAACACCAUGCUGCUGUGUUGGGAGAGAAACCCAUCAGACAGACCUACCUUCCCUGAGCUAGUUGGAACCCUAGGAGACCUGCUCCAGGCCCGUGUGAAACAGGAUGGGAAGGAUUACAUUCCCUUGAACAUGUUUUCUGAAGAGGGUGGUGCAGAGCUUCUGGAUUACAGAGACACACACCAAGGAAGCCCGAGCUACAUCAAUACCAGAACCGUUAUUGCCACUUUUGAAGAGGACCUCAAAAGAGAAGUUCCAGAAGAUUCCCAGACUGACAGUGGCAUGGUUCUUCCGUCUGAAGAGUUUGUUCAGCUUAAAUGGACUGACAAGCUCAAGACCAAAAAGAUCACCAGGUUCUUCUUGAAAAGCCAGCACCAUGACAGAACGCUACGCACUUCAGCACUGCCCUGUGUGAGCGGCGUCCCCUGUGGCCGAGUGGAGAAUGACGGAAUUGCCACUGUCCCAUGUGGUUCACCUCCUCCUGACUAUAACACUGCACUGUUCUUCUCUUCUCUAUAACAUGCAUGCCUAUAUACAACUGGCUGUUCAUGUAGGAACGUCACGGACAUGUUUAUACAAACAGUACAUACAGUAUAUAUAUAU